AUGCUGCGCCCGCUCCUCACGUCGACGGUCUUCGCCCUGAGCCGCGCGCUGGCGCCGCAGCGCCGGGCGCUCACCAAUGCUGCCAAAAACCAGCGCCGCCAGGCGUCAAGAAUGCCGGAAUCCGAGCCCGGCCUCAUCUGGGCGACGGGCACGGGCGAGCCCAUCAGCUGCAAGGCGGCAGUGGCCUUUGGUGUGGACGACCUGAGACCGACAGACAUCGUCGUGGCUGCGCCCAAGGCCGGCGAGGUGCGCCUCAAGGUCGUGGCGAACGCGCUCUGCCACACGGACAUUUACACGCUCGAGGGCAGCGACCCGGAGGGUCUGUUUCCCUCGAUCCUCGGCCACGAGGCGGGCGCGAUUGUGGAAAGUGUGGGCGAGGGCGUGACGUCGGUCAAACCGGGCGACAAGGUGAUUCCCUGCUACACGCCGCAGUGCCGCGAGGCCGACUGCAUCUUCUGCGCGUCGCCGAAGACGAACUUGUGUCCCAAGAUCCGGGGCACCCAGGGCCAGGGUACCAUGCCCGACGGCACGACGCGCUUCAAGGCCGCGGACGGCACGCCGCUCGCGCACUUCAUGGGCUGUUCCACGUUUGCGGAAUACACGGUCGUGUCGGAGAUCUCCUGCGCGAAGAUCUCGGACGACGCCGACCUGGAGACGGUGUGCAUGCUCGGCUGCGGCGUCGCGACGGGCUGGGGCGCGGCCUGGAAGACGGCGAACGUCGAGGAGGGGGCGUCCGUGGCGGUCUUCGGGUGCGGCGCCGUGGGCCUCGCCGUGAUCCAGGCCGCGAAGAUCCGCGGCGCGCGGCGCAUUUUUGCGAUUGACGUCAACGACGACAAGAAGGCCGUCGCGGAGGAGUUCGGCGCCACGGACUUCCUGAACCCGACGGACGAGGACACGCCGAUCCAGCAAAGAUUAGUUGCAGAAACGCAGUGGGGCGUGGACUACACCUUCGACUGCACGGGCAACGUCGAGGUCAUGCGGGCGGCGCUCGAGGCGGCGCACCGCGGGUGGGGCGUUUCCGUGGUCAUCGGCGUCGCCGCGGCGGGCAAGGAGAUCGCGACGCGGCCGUUCCAGCUCGUGACGGGCCGGACGUGGAAGGGCACGGCCUUCGGCGGCUUCAAGAGCCGCGACGAGGUCCCGCCGCUCGUCGACCAGGUGCUCAACGGCGAGCUGCCCAUCGACGCGUACGUGACGCACCGGCUCUCGGGCGUCGAGAACACGCUCGGCGCCGUCGACGCGCUCCACGGCGGCGACUGCCUGCGCGCGGUCGUCUCGUACUGAGUGCUCGAUACGACUCCCGUCGACGCCGCGGCGGGGCUAUUUAAUACUGUGGUGGAUUUGUUGGUUUCGUUGCUAGUGUCUUACAGCACGCUAGAUAGCUUGGCAAAGCUUGCUGCUUUUGGCCAUCACACACAGCGAUACCGUCUCGCUGUACACCCAGCGUCGUUAUUUCAAGGGCUUGGACGGUGCCAGUCGAGCUCAACGCGAAACGCCGGCCGCCGCCCGCCCCAAAAGCCACCAGCACCGCCUGCACAAAAACACGCUCUCCCGCGGCGCCGGAGCGGUGGGGAGGCGGCCUAUAGGGCAACAAAGAAGAACCACACACAAAGUCAGCACGCUGCGCGCUUUACCACGCGCACGCGGGCGUUACUGGUGUGGGAGACGACCAGGCGGAGCAUUUGUCAAGGGGUUCUCCCGCGACCCGCACCGCCGCGGCGCCGCGGCGAGAGUUGGGUACUCGCGUUUUACUCCCACGGUCCCCGUAGAGUCGCGGCGCGCAGGUCGGGCAUGUUCGCGAACCUCGCGGCGAAGGCCUCGAAGGGUGUCGUCGGCGCGCGCGUGAAGAGCUGGUCGCUCUACGGCUGGAGCCUGAAGCCGUGGCUCAUCCCCCUCGCGGGUAUCGCGGGCUGGUGCGUCUACCCCGCGCUCACGCCGGAAUUCAAGGGAGACAUCAAGCGCCGCAUCACGGAUGAGGACGACUAGGGUCUUGUUGUUGCUCGCGAGUGCGCAUGCGCUCCAGGCGCCCCGUGUCAGGCAACGGACAUGUCUGAAGGCGACGCAAACGAAUGAUGAACCAGCCACGCGCAAGGCCGUCGCCGCCGUCGCCGGGAUCGGCGUCGCCGAGACGGCGUACCUCACCUAUUCGAAGCUGACCGGCGUACAAGGCCUCUGCGCGAGCGGCUGCGGCAGCGUCUUGGAAGGUCCCUACGCGCAGCUGCCCGGCGGCGUACCACUAGCUGCGGUGGGUUUACUCGCGUACGCUGCUGUAUUAUUCCUCGCGCUGGGUGAUGUGGACAAGACGCGGAAGCCGCUAGUAGCUCUAACAAGCGCCAUGGCCGCGGCGUCGGUGUGCCUCGUGGGUUUAUUGUUAUUUUGGCUCAACCAGACGUGCGUCCUGUGCUUUGGGUCUGCUACUUUAUGUUUUACGAACGCGUGGCUCCUGCGGAGCGAAAAGGGAUCGCGGACGCCGUUUAUCGCGGCUACCGUGUUGGCCGCUCUGGUGCAGUUUAGUACGGUGGCCGGCAACGUCGCGCUCAAGGAAGCUCGCAUGAUCGUCCAGCCGGCCGUCGCCGCCGAGACAACAACUCCAAAGCAACUCUUCUCGCCGCCGCCCGUGAAGACGGCGACAACCCCUAAAGCCGCGGCCCUGGCGAAGCAUCUGUCAGCCAAGGGCGCGCGCAUGUACGGCGCCUACUGGUGCUCGCACUGCUUCGACCAGAAGUCGGCCUUCGGCUCGAAGGCCGUCGAGGACAUCGACUACGUCGAGUGCGCCGCCGACGGCGUCGACUCGCAGCGCGCCAAGUGCGACCGGCGCGGCGUCAAGGGCUACCCGACGUGGGACAUCGGCGGCGAGCUCUACCCGGGCGAGAAGUCGCUCGACGAGCUCGCGGAGCUGUCCGGGUUCAAGGGCUAG